UUCGCCUUCAAGAGCCACUGCACCGAAGCAACACCAAGGUCUUAUUACAAAACCCACACACACACUCUCUUCUAGAGAGAGAAAAAAUAGAGAGAGAGAAGACGGAACUCGCACGCUGCCUACCCACUUCUAGAGAGAGACAGACAGGCUCUUUUUCUUUCUUCCACAGCGAAUUAGGGUUUUUUUCUCUCCCUUUUUUUGGAGUUGAAUUUUUGUCGAAUUGGUUGUGUUUUGCUUCUUUCUUUCCCCUUCGGGUGGAGAUGUAUGUUUCUUCCAUGAGAAAGUCGUUCAAGGACUCUCUCAAAGUGCUUGAAGCUGAUAUUCAGCAUGCUAAUACUCUAUUCUCAAGGUUGCUGGUUUUGUCAGACAUGUCAACUUAAUGUUCAAUUGUUCCUGAGUUGUAGGGCAUCAGAGUUCCCCGGGGAAUACGAUGGCCCCUGCCUUCAGAUGAGAAUGUCAUACAGUCCUGCUGCUCACUUGUUCCUCUUUCUAGUGCAAUGGACUGACUGCCAUCUUGCAGGAGCGCUUGGACUGCUGAGGAUUUUAAUUUACAAGGUCUACGUGGAUGGUACAACCACCAUGUCUACCCACGAGAGAAAAGCAAGCAUUAGGGAAUUCUAUGCUGUUAUUUACCCCUCUCUAUUGCAACUUCAGAGAGGUGUUACUGAUACUGAAGAUAAAAAGCAGAAAGCUGUCUGCAUGGAAAGGUACCGAAGAAGAGACGAUGAAGAAUGUAUACAGCGUUCAGAUGCUGACAUUGAACGGGAAGAAGAAUGUGGAAUAUGCAUGGAGACAACUAGCAAGGUUGUAUUGCCCAACUGCAAUCAUGCCUUGUGCUUGAAAUGUUACCGUGAAUGGCGAACACGUUCCCAGUCAUGCCCGUUCUGUCGUGACAGUCUUAAGAGAGUAAAUUCUGGUGAUCUCUGGGUAUUUACUGAUAACAGGGACAUUGUGGACAUGGCAACGGUGACUCGAGAGAAUCUGAAAAGGCUUUUCAAGUACAUAGAUAAAUUGCCUACUAUUGUUCCAGACUCUCUCUUCGACGCCUAUGAUACACACCUAAGAUAAGUGAUUGGUACAUACAUAAUCUAAUGUCAAUCCUUAAGUAGUUCCUCUCCAAAUGAACAGUUUUUUUGUUAUGAUAUGGCAUGACAAAACGACCUAAAUUCAUUCGGCUAAAAAUUAGUAAGAGUUAGAGAAGACUUGCAACUGUUUCUUCCCACUUCCAUUUCUGAAGGGAGAAAAAACCAGUCUUUGAGUUAUUGUAGACUGGUAUUGGGUGGGUAAGUUGAUAUGGUUUGAUUUAAAGUCUUCCAUAAAAAUUGUAUUUAACACAUUUGUAUAUGUUUGUACAUUCUUGAUGUUAUCUAUUAAAGCAGCUUUGAAUGCUUAAUUUUUUCUUUGCAA